GAUUAAAAACAAAUAAAAACAGAUUAAGAGUUUAAUGAGUGUCAUGGAUGGGAGCAAGUUUAUAUUGGAUGAGUAAACAAUUGUGAAAUGAUAAGAAAGCGUUUUAAUGUGAUUCGAAUGAAUAAUACAUGAGACGAAGGAUUCGUUGUGUCAUUUCAAUUUCAAGCAACAAUAAAAAUUGUUACAGUGCACGAUACAAAAUAAGUAAAGUAAAAUUGUGAUACGGAAAGAAAAGGAGAAAAGUGAAAGAUAAUUUAACGCAACAGAAAUAAAAAAAGAAAAGAAAAAAAGAAGGAUUGUGGAUCGUAAUAAAAGAGAAGUCAAUACGAUAAUAAAUGGAUAAGAAAUUGUGAGAAGACACAACACCAUCAGUUCUCAUUCACCAAAAAUAUCAUCAAAAGAAAUUGGAUAAAUGGAAAAAGCCAAACAAGAGUCAAGAUAAGGGAUUAUGCUGUGGAAACGCCACACGAAACAUUUAAUAAUUCAACCGGGAUUACAGUCCGAUCGAAUAUGAACUACAAAAUAUACUUUUCCGAUUCCUAUGGACUCAAUAAUGCCUUCAUCGUUCAACAGUGAAAGUCACUGACUGUGAAAAAAGAUAACGUACGGCAACUAACUAAAUAUAAGAUGGAACUCCUGGGUCAUAUUCAAAACAUUAUCAUAAAAUUCUUGUUUAAUAUCCUACUAGUGAUAACACUCGUGAAAGGUCUAGGGCAAACCAAUGAGCAAGAGCCCGAAUUCCUACAGCCUUUGGAUAAUCUUACAGUGACAUCAGGUCGUGAUGUGUCGUUCACAUGUGUAGUUAAUAACUUAGGUCAACACAGGGUAGCAUGGAUCAAGUCCGAUUCAAAGGCAAUUCUAGCCAUUCAUACUCACAUGGUUGCAUUAAAUCCUCGACUGUCUGUUACGCACAAUGGACAUAAUACAUGGAAAUUACAUAUUUCACAUGUACAGCUGAAUGACAGCGGAAGCUACAUGUGUCAAGUGAACACAGAUCCUAUGAUAUCACAGUCGGGACAUUUAGAUGUCGUUGUGCCACCAGAUAUACUCAACGCACCCGAAUUAUCAGCAGACGAGAGUGUAACAAAUGAGGGCGGUAAUGUUCAAUUAAUGUGUCAGGCAACUGGUGUUCCUGAGCCGAGUGUGCAAUGGAGACGAGAAGAUGGAAGAGACAUUGUUAUUCGAAAUGAGGGCCGAGACAGGCAAAUGAUGAAAGUAAUUGAGGGAGAGAAACUUUCACUGAGCGGUGUUCAACGUAGUGACAUGGGCGGAUAUUUAUGCAUAGCAUCAAAUGGCAUCCCACCUUCAGUUUCCAAGCGCUACGAUAUUCAAGUGAACUUUCCUCCAACAGUGAAAGCCGUAAAUCAAUUGGUUGGAGCGCCAGUUGAAAGUCAUGUUCUAUUACAAUGCAUUGUAGAAGCUUAUCCGAAACCGCUUAACACUUGGUAUCGCAAUGAAGAAACAAAAUUAUAUCAUGGCGAGAAGUAUCUUGUUUCGGAGUCGAUGAUUAAUUCGUUUACAUGGCAAAUGAAUUUGACGGUGAAGAAUCUGCACAAGAAUGACUUUGCAUCUUACAUUUGUUGGAGUGAGAAUGCUUUGGGAAAGUCAGAUGGUCGGAUUCGACUGCAAGAACUUCGCUUGCCACCGAAGCCAACAACAACACCCACGCCAUACGUCUACACAACUCCCAAACCUCGAAAGAAUAAGCAGCAUCAUCAGAAGACUCAUCAUGAGAGUAAGGCUAAAGAACCACUCGGACCAAAUCAAAUACAAAGGGAGAAUGAUGCAAAUGCACAAGGCGAAGUUUUGACACAAGCUCCGGUUAAACAGAAUGGUGACAAGAACCGAAACCAACAACAAACAAGCAUCAUACCAUCACGACCGCCAUGGGUUGUUCACCACAGCAACAACAGCGUUAAAUCAAAUGGAAAUGUUUUCAAAUUCUUCUUUGUUUUCAUCUUCAUUUUACGAAUCCUUACAGAGUAA